GGCUCCAAGCUGCGGCCCCGCCGCCGCUGCCCACGCCUGCGCGGCUCGGCUGCCCCCGCCCCGCGUGCCGCCAAGCACACGCCCCGGCUUCGUCACGGGCGCGUGCCUCGCCCCCUCGGGGCAACGCGCCCCGCCCCUGCGGGGGCCGCAGCCCACAUGAUCAUCGGACCUCCUCCGGGCGGUGCUGCCGCUCGGGCUCCUGGCCGCGCGCGGCGCGGCCCAGGUCCUCGGGAACGGCGAGGUGGACGCACUGCUGAGGGCGGCCCUCGGGCAGCCCGAGGUCGACGGGAGGGUCCGGGCGUACGGGCGCGCGUGGCGUGCGGCCGGCCUGCCCGAGGCAAUCGACGCGGAGUGGUUGGGCCCUGUCUUCGUGGAAGGCGCGGAGGAGCCGCUGCUCUCCGAGGGCGCGCGCGAGCGGGCCUCGGACCCCUCCCUCUACCAGCUGGUCUGGCUUGACCCCGACUCUUUCGGCCUGGCCGUCGAGACCUUCGCCGACGGCGCGGCCGCCGAGGCCAAGUUGGCUUCGCUCGGGCCGGACGAGUUCGGCGAGGGAGGUGGUGUGAUCUUCAAGGGUGGGAAGGUUGUAUCUGAGAAGCUCUUCCUCAAGUUCAUGCGGAAGGCGGACUUCGGGGAUUUCCUCCGGAGGGCCACGGAACCACCGGCAGCAGCGGACGGCCCAGACGACGAGGCGAAGUUGGAGGCCGUGGUGACGAGGUUGAGCGAGAAGCUGUCUGAGAUGACCGAGCUGGCGCCGCAGAUAGAGAAGCUCCUCGAGAAGUACAAGGUCAAAGGCAAGGACGCACCAGUGCCGAUCUACGGAAGGCCGUCCCCUGCUCUGGUGCACUUUGCCAGGAUGUUCCCUCAGUAUGUUCAUCUUGGUGCACCCGCACCUGACCUCUUACGCGUUUGAGGUGCACGACAGGCCGUCAAGUCCUGGAUCUCGGCACCCCCUUCCCGGGAGGGAGCCCGUGCAGUCGUUCGUGGUCGCACCACGGCAGCUCUCAGAAAGACGUGCUGCAGUUGACAGCACCGCUAUCUGCGUGAGCGAUGCCAGAAUUCUUACAUGGCUGCGGCCGAGGCCGCCGCCCCCACGCCGACUGCUUCGCCACACGGCAUGCUGAUGGCUAUGGCUAUAUCUGAUCGCGGUGGGGCGCGGAGUGGGGAGCGGUGGAGGCGCAGGCGAGAGGGCGGGAAGAUCAGCCGACGCUGCGAGAAUCGCCACUUGGUGAGGGGCCGACCUCUUACCAGAUGUUCCAUUGCCCGUGCGUGCUGGACUGCAGGCUUGAACGACAACA